AUGUAUCUAUUACAAUGCCUGUUAACGUUCAACUUGUUAAAAUAUACAUUUGCUUUUGUUCAUCCUAUUGAGAUUGUAGGGACUCAUUUCUACGAUUCUGAAACAGAAGAACCAUUUUUUAUCAAGGGUGUGGACUAUCAACCCGAUGGAUCUUCGGGAUUCGUUGGUUCUAGUGACCCACUUGCAAACCCUCAAACAUGUGUUCGUGAUAUAAUGUUGUUCCAGGAAUUAGGAAUAAAUACUAUUAGAAUAUACUCAAUAAAUCCAGAUUUAGAUCAUUCAAAAUGUAUGACAAUGUUGGCCACGGCUGGAAUAUAUUUAAUGCUAGAUGUAAAUUCACCUUUACCAAAUCAACACAUUAAUCGAUAUGAACCAUGGACAACUUAUAACCCAAUAUAUCUGGAACAUGUUUUCAAAGUAGUUCAGGAGUUUUCACAAUAUAAUAAUACUUUAGGAUUCUUUGCGGGGAAUGAAAUUAUUAAUGAUAAGAAAAGUUCUGAAGUAUCUCCAGUGUAUGUUAAACAAUUGGUUACUGAUAUCAAAAAUUACAUUUUGAAAAAUUGCGAAAGAGAUAUCCCUGUUGGAUAUUCGGCAGCAGAUGAUCUUCGUUAUAGAGUUUCUCUGUCUAAGUAUUUAGAAUGUGAACUACCACAAGAUACAACUAUGAAAAGUGUUGAUUUUUAUGGUGUUAAUUCCUACCAGUGGUGUGGUCAGCAAACACUAGAGACGUCUGGUUAUGAUGAGUUGAUAAAGGCGUACCAAAAUUAUUCCAAGCCUGUAUUCUUCUCAGAAUAUGGUUGCAAUAAAGUAUUACCUAGACAAUUUCAUGAAGCAGAAGUUUUGUAUUCACCAAUUAUGGCCCAGGUAUUUAGUGGCGGUUUAGUUUACGAAUUUACACAGGAGGCAAAUAAUUAUGGGUUAGUUAGGAUUGACUCCAACGGCAAUACGAAGAUUCUACAAGACCUCAAGACGUUAAAAACACGCUACCAAGCAAUCGACGAAUCACUAAAGGUACAAUACUUCCAAGAACAUUCAACGACUGCUCCAAUUUGUCAAGAUAAGUAUCUGAAUUUGGGAACUAAUAUGGAUUUACCUAAAAAAUUAGCUAAAGCCUUAAUAGAGAAAGGUGUUGAGGCCACAGGUGGAUAUUGCGAAUUAGAAAGCAAGGAUUUCGAAACAAAAUACAAGAUAUAUGAUACCGAUGGAUCAAUCUGGGAGAACCCAAACGGUAUUAAGAUUGUUAAUCAAUUGUCUUCUGGAAUUACUGACAGUAACCAUAAAGAAAGGGAAGUGAAGAAAAAUAGUUCUACUUCCCUCAGGUUACCACCAAAACGAGUCAUGUAUUGGCUCAUUGCUUCGACAGCAUAUACAUACAUGAUAUUUUAG